GCGGAGCUUUGCUAGCGGCCUGUGACACACUAGCAGCAAUGCCCUGAAAGCCAAAGGCAGAGCAGGCCAGGGACGCAGCUGUGGUGCACAGCUCUGCUGGUCGCGGUCUGAGAAGUGAGCGAUGGGCUGUGGCGUGCGCCGCCGCGUGUGAUAUCAACGGCGCGUCGACGCCUGCCGUAAAAACAGCAAGUGGAGCCACGAGCUGUUUCGAGCUGUUUCUGGUGCCGCGCGGCCGUCGGGGCGCCGGCGGCCUGCGCGCCGCGGCCCGCGGACCGCAUCCGUGCGCGCGGCCCGUAUAAAUGCCGGCGCCGGGCGCGACGCGGCCCGCGGGCCGGACAGACGCAAAGGCGCGCGCGCGAACGCCGGCCUGCGCAAGCGGCCCGCCGCGCGCGGACCGCAUACAUGAGAGAGCGCGAGAGAGAGAGCGAGAGCGCCGAGAGCCCGGACGCGCGUACGACGCCGUGGACCGCGCGCGCGACCGAGAGAGCGCUCCCACUCACACAAAACAACGCAGGGCUCCAAGGCCGGCGGGUCGGGCGAGCGCGCCGACGCGAAUUCUGAGUUUGCAAGGAAGUACAAUUUAGAUGAUAAGGAGCUCGGCACGGGCGCCUUCAGUAGAGUCAUCCUCGCGACGUCCAACGAAGGGACCAAAGUGGCCGUCAAGUGCAUCUCCAAGAACGGGGAAUUGAAGCAGGAGGAUAUUGACUCGUUGCACGAGGAGGUCGCGGUCCUACGGUCGGUGGACCACCCGAACAUUGUCAAAUUAUAUGAUUUCUUCGACGAAAAGCGGUACUACUACAUGGCCAUCGAGCUCAUGGAGGGCGGCGAGCUGUUUGAAAGGAUCGUCAAGAAGACCUUUUAUAACGAGAUGGACGCGCGGGGAUUAGUUCGCAUAUUGCUCGACGCGCUCGCGUACCUGCACCACCGGGGCAUCGUGCACCGCGACCUCAAGCCCGAGAAUUUGUUACUGAAGUCGCCGUUCAACGACUUUGAUAUCAAGCUCGCGGAUUUUGGCUUCGCCAAGAAGGUCGAGGGCAAAUCCUUAGAUACCCAAUGUGGUACGCCCGGCUAUGUUGCUCCGGAGAUCCUCAAGGGCAAGAAGUACGGCACGGCCGUCGACAUGUGGUCGUGUGGAGUUAUUGUCUACAUUCUGCUCGGGGGCUACCCGCCGCGCGGCGCCGCGUCCGAGUUAUUUCGCGGCGACGACGACGCGACUGCGCCGGCCCCAUCGCGGCGAGGGACCGGCACGGAGGCGUCGCGUCGAUUCGUCGCCGACUCGCCGCGCGUCUGCCGAAGCAUAACGUCAUCGACGCGACGCCAGCUCGACGACGUGGGGCGUGGAGGUCGACGCGCUGCCGCCCGCGCAGGUUCCACGACGACAACCACGCCGUCUUGUACCGCAAGAUCAAGGCCGCGGACUACGCCUUCGACCCCCAGUACUGGGACCAGGUCUCGGACGACGCCAAGGAUUUGAUCAAAAAGAUGCUCGUCGUCGACCCCGACAAGCGGCUGACGGCCUCCCAGGCCCUGAGACACCCCUGGUUCAUGGUCGGCGACCACGAGCUCAUUUCCAGAAACCUCGCGAAGACGCUGGACACGAUGAAGAAGUUCAACGCGAGGCGCAAGUUCAAGGGCAAGGUCAAGGGGAUCAUCCUGGCCAACAAGCUGGCGAAGGGGGACCUGUUCUGAGGUGUAGGGGCCUCCCGUUCUUAGUACGUUCGUUCACGCUACUAGUACCUACC